GGAACAAAGUCCAGAACAAAUAAAAAAGUUGGUGGUGUGCUGCUGCAGCUGCUAGCAGUAGCUCUUGCAAGGCAAUGAAUGCAACCUCCCCCUCAUCAUGAUGCACUGCAUUUAGUGGCAUUGAAAACACUUGCAAGGUGUUUGGUGAGAGGAGCGAGGGUGUGGCUGCUCUCUGCAUCUGAGCUUGAGCGUCUUCCCCCAUCUGGAAAUCGAGCUUGGCUCUGUUCUUCUCCUGUUUGUAGCUGUAGAUUUCAAGAACUAUUCCAGCACAUCCCACCCCAUUUCGUUUCACCGGUGGUUCGAGCAUUGUUCUAGCUGCUCCACAGCUCAAGAGGGAGAAAAAAAGUGGAGUCAAAUCUUUUGUAUUUCUCAGCUUUCUUUUCCCCCUCCUUGUUUGAUGCUGUGCUCUUUUCUUUAAUUUGAGUUCUUGAUCCUGCCAAAAGCAAAAGCCCUCACCUUUUGUUUGCAAAGGUGAGGGGUGUCCUCGCAUUUCAAACCCUCUCCAAUCCCUCCCACUACAGAGCUCCAAUCUCUCCCUACCUGCAGUUUCCCCACCCCCAAAUCCGUUUCCCUUCCCCGGAAACCUCGGAUUUCCACACCCAGAGCUCCACCGCCGCAGUUCUUGAUUCACCCAGACCCAGUUAUCCAAAGAUCCAGUUUUCGCACCCGAAACUGCAGUUUUCCUGCAUUGUUGGUCCAAGAGCACACCGAAAUCUCCCCAUUUCCCACGGAAAUCUCGGGGUUUCCCCCGCUCCAUGCCUCACUCCGCUCGUUGAUCCAGACCGCCGCCGGAAAGCUGCGAUUUUUCCGCCCGGGAGCGGCGGUUUCUCGAUCCGAGGCCCAUGCAUCUGUCGCUAUGGAAGCCGCUCUCCCACUGCGCCGCCGUCCUCCUCGCCAAGAACCACCGGCGCCGCGGCGGCGGGGGCGGCUGGCACGGUGGCCACGGCAACAACGGCCACCGUGACGAUCCGUCCUCCUUCCUCCGGCAGCUGCGGGACGCGCUCGACGCGGCGUCGGAGGACGGCUCCCUCUGCCCGCCGCCGGACGCCGCCGGAGCCGAUGCGGACGCCGCCGUGUCCCGCUCCCGUUCCCUGGCGCGCCUCCGCGCGCAGCGGGACUUCCUGCGCGCCACGGCCCUCGCCGCCGCCGCUGGCCCGUUCCGGUCGAUCUCCGACCUCCCGCUGCUCGCCCACGCCAUCGCCACCUUCCUCGCCAUGUAUCCGGACUACGCCUCAACUGCCGAUGUCGACCGCCUCCGCGUCGACCAUUACUCCCACCUUGACGCCCCCGGCGCCGGCAGGGUCUGUCUAGACUACUGCGGCUUUGGCCUCUUCGACUCCAGCUGGGAUUCCUCCUCGUCGUCCUUUACAUUGCACGAGCUCAAUGCCAAUUUGAGCAACCAUGCACUCUAUGGCGGUGCUGAGCCUGGCACCGUGGAGAAUGAUAUCAAAGAGCGCAUUUUGGAGUACCUGAAUGUGCCAGCCAGCGAGUAUGCGCUGGUGUUCACAGUGAGUCGUGGGUCAGCAUUCCGGCUGCUUGCUGAGUGCUACCCCUUCGAGAGCAACAGGAGGCUGCUGACGAUGUUCGACCAUGAGAGCCAAUCGGUCAAUUGGAUGGCGCAGAGUGCACGGGCAAAGGGUGCCAAGACACGCGCCGCGUGGUUCCGCUGGCCAACGCUGAAGCUGUGCUCGACGGAGCUGCGGAAGGAGAUCGUGGGCAAGAAGAAGGGGCGGCGACGGGAUGCUGCAGUUGGGUUGUUUGUGUUCCCUGCACAGUCUCGAGUGACCGGUGCCAAGUACUCCUACCAGUGGAUGGCGCUGGCACAGCAGAAUGGGUGGCAUGUGAUGCUUGAUGCCGGUGCACUUGGUCCCAAGGACAUGGAUUCGCUGGGGCUCUCGCUGUUUCGGCCAGACUUCAUUAUAACCUCGUUCUACAGGGUGUUUGGUUCAGACCCGACUGGGUUCGGUUGCCUUCUGAUCAAGAAGUCAGUAAUUGGGAGCUUGCAGGGGAGAAAUGGGUGUAAUGCAUCGGGGAUGGUGAGGAUUGUUCCUGUGUUUCCACAGUAUCUCAGUGACUCGGUUGAUGGAUUCGAUGCAUUUGAUGGGCUUGAAGAUGACUCGGGCAUUAACAAAGAUGAAAAACCAGCUUCUAAUGCUCAAAAUGGGUCACAGCUGCCAGCAUUUUCAGGUGUCUACACGUCUGCUCAGGUUAGAGAGACUUUUGAGAGUGAUCCUGGUCGUGACAGCAGCUCGGAUAGGGAUGGGGCAAGCACCAUCUUUGAAGAAACUGAGAGCAUCUCUAUGGGCGAGGUCAUGAGGAGUCCAGCAUUCAGUGAGGACUGUUCAUCAGAGAACUCUUUCUGGGUUGAUGUUGGCCAGAGCCCAUUGGGGUCAGAGAAAUCUGGCCAGUUCAAGAAGGGGAAACUGGGAUCACCAUUACCAUCUUCUUGGUUCAAUGGAAGAAAGUGUAACAAGAGGAUGUCACCAAACUUAACUUCUAGGAUAUCUAGAAGCCCACUUUAUGAUGGCCAUGUGAUUUCCUUUGAUGCAGCUGUGCUAUCAGUCUCGCAAGAUACAGACUGCCUCAAGGAAGACCCUGAAGAAGAAAUUUUUGAGAAUGGCCGGAGAAACCAUUUCAGGCAGGUUAGUGAGAUCCAAGAGGAGCCUGAGGUCGAAGAGGUGGCAUGCCAACAUGCUAUGAAUGGUGGUGCAGAGCACAAAGAAAGCGCGAUAAGGAGGGAGACAGAAGGGGAGUUCCGGCUGCUGGGAGGGAGGGAUGGCAACAGCAGAUUUACUGGGGGGCGACUCUUUGGUGUUGAAGAGAUUGAUGGAGGUUUAAGCAUGGGGCGCAGAGUUUCAUUCAGCACAGAGGCUAAUAUUAUUGCUGACAGGUUGAAUCGAGCCUCAGAUGCUGCUGAAGCUUCUGGAUAUACGUUCCGUGAUGAUGAAGGUUGUGCAAGUGAUGGAUAUGAUGAUGCUCAGGACUGGGGCAGGAGGGAGCCAGAGAUAAUUUGCAGGCACAUCGAUCAUGUUGAUAUGAUGGGGCUCAACAGAACUACCCUUAGGUUAAGGUACCUGAUCAAUUGGCUAGUAACUUCACUUUUGCAGCUAAAGUUGCCAGACUCAAAAGGUGGUGACGGAGUCCCUCUUGUCCACAUCUACGGUCCCAAGAUUAAGUAUGAAAGGGGAGCAGCUGUUGCUUUUAAUGUGAAGCAAAGUGAUGGAACAUUUGUUAAUGCUGAAGUUGUUCAAAAGAUUGCUGAGAAAAAUGGUAUAUCUGUUGGCAUUGGUUUUCUGAGUCAUAUAAAAUUAGAUAUGAACCAGAAACAGUUAAAUGGCACGCUUGAUAUACCUGAGGCUUCGUUUUAUAAGAAUGGCCGCAGAGACAAUAAAAAAGUGACUGUAAGAGUUGAAGUUGUGACUGCUUCACUUGGCUUCCUUACUAAUUUUGAAGAUGUUUACAAGAUGUGGGCUUUUGUUGCCAAGUUCUUAGAUCCUUCAUUUCUUGAAAGUGAGCGCCUUACCAUUUCUGCUGACCACUUGGAAGGACAAACUUGAGCAUGACAUGUAACAUAGCAACCACCAACCAACAAAUGAGAGGAAGGUGAUUUCUCCUUCUGUUGAAGCAUAUGUUGUCUUUUAUGCUUUCGAGGGGUAAUCAAUAGUGGAUUUAGCAGAUUUGUUUAUUCUUUGCUUAGUUCCUCGAUAUAUGAGUUGUAUGACUUGUUUUUGUUCAUGUAGAAUUUGCUCAAAUUUGUACCAGCAGCUCAUCAGUAGAACUCUUUCCCAUGGAACAAUGUUUGUAAAUCAGCUCACUGGAAAUGAAAUAGUUUUGAGUGGCUUUGUGCAAGUUCUAUUC